AUGACUACUAAAAAGAUUAAUUUAAUCAACAAAGAGAGAUAUAAUACAAAGUAUUCAAAUAUCUCAUUAGCAAUGAAGACAAAUGUAUCACCAUUAUAUCAAUCAUUUGAAAGAUUGAAAAAGAGUAGUAGUUUAUUUAUAUGGGUAGUGAUUCAAUCGAUAGUAAACGUUGGUAUUGCCAACGGUCAAAGAGUAGACGAUGGAGUUGUUAAUGCAGAUGAUUUCAACUCUAUGACAUUCAAACAUUACCUUAUUAUCAUAUUUAUAGUUGCUGGGAUGUUAUUUAUAACAGUUUCAAUGAUACAACUAAGAACAAGAUUAAAAGCAAACAUGAUUGAUAGAAUACCAAGAAAGAUUAUGCCAUUUUUAAGACCAGGUGAUUUAUCACAUAAACAAAGAACAACUAUAUUGAAUGAAUUGGUUAAAUCAAAGCAAACUGCAAGUCAAAUUAAACCACAAAUAGGUGAUCAUCCAAUUGGACAUUUGGGUUGGGGUGCACCAACGUCAGAGUAUGCUAAAGUACAUUUUAAAACAUCGAUUGCAAAGUCUUGGAUUAUCCUCGAAAGAGCUGCCAUACAUUAUGACCCUUCUCUGGUGAGAGAGUCUAAAAUGUGUAUUCGAGACUAUGUAAAUAUGUUGACUGAUCGUUGUUCGCAUUUGAAUCGAUCACUUGCUCGUAUCUAUAUAGACACUUAUGAAAGGGCAAGAUUCAGUGAGGAUGAAUUCACUUUGGAUGAAUACAGUACAUUUAUGAAGAAAUUCUUUGUUUUGAUUCAAGAUUUGGAAAAAGAUAAUAAUAAUAAUAAUAAUAUUGGUGUUGGAUCAAGCAAUAGUGUACAUGUUGAUAAUAAUAAUAAUAUUAGAUCACCACCAAAAUAA